AUGGAGACUAAGGUGGCGCGUGAUCACGCGGAACGGCUUCGUGUCAAGAUCGGUUACGAAGGCAUGUUUUAUGUUGAUAGUGAUGGGUUAAGCGGUGGUAUAGCGUUAUUGUGGAGGAGGAAUAGUACGGCACGACUGUUAAGUUAUUCAACGAAUUAUGUGGAUGUUGAGGUAACUAUCACUGGAUAUCCAGAAUGGCGAAUGACGGGGUAUUAUGGUUUUUCAGAACGAACGAGACGCUCUGAGUCAUGGGAUCUCUUGAGAACUUUAUCCGCCAGAUCUGACCUCCCGUGGGUGGUUGUUGGAGAUCUUAAUGAUUUGUUAUAUCAGCAUGAGAAGAGAGGGGGGAAUCCACAUCCGAAUAGCCUCCUACGCGGUUUUGGGGAAGCUCUAGACGACUGUGGGUUCGCCCAGAUGCCUAUGCAUGGAUAUCCGUAUACAUGGGAAAAGGGGAAGGGGACGGAGAAUUGGAUGGAGGAGAGGCUUGAUAAAGUCCUGGUAACGAAUGAGUGGCGUAGCAUGGUAACUGGAGCCAGGGUGAUGAAUUUGAAGACUCGGAAAUCAGAUCAUUCGGCCCUCUUUCUGGGAAUCCAUGAGUCCUUAGGGAGGAGUGGACCUAGUAGGAGGGGUUUCCGGUUUGAGAUGGCAUGGUUGCAUGAUGAGGGGUGUAGGAAGGUGGUUGAGCAGUCCUGGCAGGAGGGAAGGGGGCAGGGCUUACAGAGCUGUAUUCAGUAUUGUGGGGACCGGUUAACACGAUGGGGUGGAGACCGGUAUCACAAGUACGGGAAACGAAUUAAAGAGCUGACAAGAGAGCAGCAGCGACUAAGAGGGCGUACUGACCCGGCCUCGCUAGCUGAGUUCCAACGCCUAGAACAACAGCUGAGUUGCACUGAAGCCCAGGAGGAUGCCUACUGGAGACAGAGAGCCAAGCAACACUGGCUCAAGGAAGCGGAUGCUAAUACGAAAUUUUUUCACAGGUAUGCCUCUCACCGAAAAAAGAAGAAUACUAUUUCUAGACUAAUGAAUGAUGAUGGGGAGUGGGUGGAGGGGGAGCCUAUGAAAAAUGUUAUCUUGCAAUAUUAUAACCAUAUUUUCUCCUCUGGAGCACCGGGAUCUGGAGAGGAUUUCUUUGAGGGGGUAAAUCCGCGUGUCACUCAGGCACAGAACGAGUCGUUGUUACGACCCUUUGAGUUGGAGGAGGUUAAGGAUGCACUAUUUGCAAUGUUCCCAGAUAAGGCACCAGGCCCGGAUGGAAUGAACCCAUGUUUUUAUCAGCAGUUUUGGGAUGUGGUUGGGGGGGAUGUGGCGAGUUUUAUUGUGAAUUGUGUUGAAUCAUGUGAUUUCCCGUCUGGGUUGACUGAUACUGAUAUUGUUUUGAUCCCUAAGAAGAACACCCCUGAAUUAGUGACAGACCUGCGCCCUAUAGCUCUCAGUAAUGUGAUCUACAGAAUCUUGGCAAAAAUGUUAUCUAACAGAAUGAAACCAUUGAUGGAAGAAAUAAUCUCUGAGUCACAAAGUGCCUUCAUCCCAGAUAGAUUGAUAAGGGAUAAUAUCCUACUGGCUGCGGAGGUAGGGCAUUUUUUGAAUAAGAAGCAGUGUGGAGUGGGGGGAUGGAGUGCUCUUAAGCUGGAUAUGGCAAAGGCAUAUGAUCGUGUGGAAUGGUCUUUCCUUAGAAAGAUGAUGCUGGCUAUGGGGUUUCAUGGUGGUUGGGUGGAAUUAAUUAUGAAGUGUGUAACCUCAGUUUCUUACAAUAUUCUGGUAAAUGGCUCAAGAUGUGAUCCUAUUGUGCCAACACGUGGUUUGAGGCAAGGGGAUCCUUUGUCCCCAUAUCUAUUCAUUAUUUGCGCAGAAGGUCUAUCCCUAUUAUUACAGCAGGCACAUACUGUGGGGUCAUUACAUGGAUGCAGGGUAGCCAGAGGUGCUCCCCCAAUUUCACACUUAUUCUUUGCAGAUGACAGCCUCUUAUUCUUUAAAGCUAAUGUGGAGGAAGCAAGUGAAAUCAAAAGAUGCCUAUCUGUGUAUGAGGAUCUGUCAGGGCAGGCAGUAAACUAUCAUAAGUCAAGUAUAUGUUAUAGUAAGAACACAAGUAUGACUGAUAGGGAAAAUGUGGCUGAGAUUCUGGGAGUGACACAGGCCCCGAAUUUUGGUAAAUAUUUGGGACUCCCCUCUUUUGUUGGAAGGCACAAGAAAGCAUUUUUUGCAUAUAUUGAGGACAAAAUCCGCCAAAGGAUUGGAUCAUGGAACAAGAGGCUGCUGACUCAGGCAGGGAAGGAAAUACUGUUGAAAACAGUAGCACAAUCUAUGCCUACGCGAAUACAUUGGAAGGCUUGGGAUAAGUUGUGUAUCCCAAAGAAGUAUGGAGGAUUAGGUUUUAAAGAUUUACGUGCGUUUAACCUAGCAAUGCUGGGGAAACAGGCAUGGCGGAUGUUGACUAAACCUGAAUCUAUAGUGGCUCGUGUGUAUAAAGCCCGAUAUUUUCCUAAAGGAUCUUUUUUUGAUGCACAGAUAGGAAAUAAUCUCAGUUUCUGUUGGCGAAGUAUUAUGGCAGCAAAAAGUAUAGUUUGCAGUGGGGUAAGGCGCAGAAUUGGUAAUGGCGAGUCUACACUCAUAUGGGCUCACCCCUGGUUACAAGAUGAUCAUGACCCUAUGGUACAAACAGAAAUGUCAGCACAGCUGCAGGAAGCCAGAGUGGCAGGUUUGAUUGAUCAACAAACGGGCACAUGGGAUCCCUCAAUUUUAACAGAUUUGUUCCAACCCAAUGAUGUGGAGAAUAUUAUGAAAAUACCUGUAUCCCCGGGUUAUGAUGACACUUGGUACUGGCAUGGAGACCUGAGGGGAAUGUACUCUGUUAAGAAUGGAUACAGGCGAAUUGUUGGAAAUCAUCAAAAUAAUAAUGGGACAUUUGCAGAAUGGUUGAACUUUUGGAAGCUCAAAAUCCCUCCAAAAUGGAAAAUGUUCCUCUGGAGAGCCAUUAGUGAUAUUUUGCCUACCACAACCAACCUACUUAUAAAGAGAGUGGAUGUGGAUCCACAUUGUGCCAUGUGUGGAAUAUUACAAGAACACACAAUGCAUGCCUUAGUGUUGUGUGAUUUUGCUAAGAACACUUGGGAACAAUCCAACCUUACAAUCCCCAACAUUGACACAAAUAUUUUUCAUGUUUGGUUUGGUGAGCUUUUAAAUAUUCUAGACUCUGAUGGAAUAUUAUAUGCAGCAGCAAUUCUUUACAAUAUAUGGAGAGCAAGGAAUAUGGCGGUUUGGGAAGCAAAGUUACCACGACCGAUCACCAUACUCAGGAUAGCCGCUGCAGCCAAGGAGUCGUGGACCCGGGCGCAUCCACCACCCGUAGCCCGUGCUGCACCACUGCCGACCGAGCCGCCUUUGGCGCAGGAAAAUGCCGAUCUGAACCACGCCGAGCCGCACACUGUCGAGCAGCACGAUGGGUCGCCCAAGAGAAUUUGUUAUGUCGAUGCGAGAUUCUUGCCAGAGACAGGCCAAGCUGCGGGUGGAGCUGUUCUAGUAGACACGAAUGGAGCUUAUGUUUCGGCUCAUGCCGGACCACUCCGGAAUUGUACCUCGCCGCUUAUGGCCGAGGCAUUAGCAUGCAAGGAGGCAUUAUCAUGGUUAAAGGAUCGGGGAGAACAAAUUGUCGAGAUAUACACGGAUUGUCUAAUGCUACAUCGCUAUCUUACCACACCAACCGUUGCGUUGCAUUAG